AAGAAGUUUCAAUACAUACAUACACACAUGCACGUAUACUAAAUGUAACAAUGUAGUAUAUGGAUAAAAUAUAUCAGCACAAAAGUUUGAGAAAUUUUAAGUGAACACGUACGAUGCCGGAAUAUCUUAUUAAAAAUGAAUUCACAAGAAAACAUAAGGCUAAAUAUAUUAAAUCCAAUAUUGUUUCGUAAUUAAUAUAAAACUGUAGCAGUUUCUUGGGUAAUUGCGAAAAAUUCUACAAAGGAGCAGACAACGUCGAAAACUACAAGGCGAUUUUAAGUGAAAAAAUUCCCUAAGCAGCUGAGCAGCAAACCAAAAAAGGAGAGGUGAAAAGUGGCACAGGAACCUUGUAGUCAAAAACUAGACAAACGCUGUAGGCUGUCGCAAAUACACUACAGUCUUGUCCGGCAGUUUGGCGUCGUCAAUAUACAUAUUUCAUUGUGGCGUAUAAAAGUUGACUAAGAAACUUUACAUAUUGUGAAGCUCAAGAAGGCAAAGCAUAACAACAGCCAUAAUAGAAAAAAAUUUCAAAACAAAAGCUCAAAUAACACGCGGUUUAUUUGAUUUUAUUUUUGCUUUGAUAUCGUGUAAGGAAAUAUUAAAUUGGCUAUAACACGAAAGGAUACAAGUGUUGCGAGGGCAUGUUUAGUGUGAUCGAAAGAGCGGUUAAGUGUCGUCUAUGGCCGAAUCCGUUAACAGUCAAUCGCUCUCUGCAGUGACGGAGGGGCACGACGACAGCACCACAAUAGCUACUACAGCGCUUGCAAAUACAACAACCCGUCGCAGUAGACAAUUGAAAAAGAAGCAACCGCAGCAAACCGAGUAUCCUCAGCAGCAUAAACAAAUCAAAUUACAACUAAACACCAAUAAAAAUAAUAACCAGCAGCAAAACAUAUCCAAUAGUGGCGGAAGUGGCUUCGGUGGCGGCAAUAUCAGUUCUAUAAAAUCUCUAUCUCAACAGCAACAUCCGCAACAGUUAUCCCACACAUCAGCAACGUCAAGCAAAUCAGCAGCAAGUGUAAGUAGUGGAAAUAAACGUGGCCAUAGUAAAAGUCGUUCAAAAACAACUGCAAGUGCAACCGGCCAUAAAACAAAUAGCAGCCAUUCGGGAAAACGGGGAGCUUUAAAUAAUAAUAGCAGUACUAUAACUGAAGUUGCUUCGUCCAGAGCCCAGAUUGGUGUCACACGCAGUGAUCGCAAACGCCACUACGAUCAGCAUCAUCCACUAAACACAACAGCAUCAGGACCCUCAACUUCACAUACAUCUGCGGUCGUCUCAACUGCAGCUACAAAAUCUACUGUACAGCAACAGCAGAAAGACUAUAACGAUUCAAGUUCACCUCUUAAGAAGCGACGUUAUCAUAAUAACAUAUCUCCGAUCGCAUCAACGUCAGCAUCCACAAAUACAGCUGCGCGCAACAAAAACUGUAUAACUCCAUCAGCUGUCGAAUCAGGACCAACAACAUCAUCAAACUCCACCUCAACGCUUAUUAAUCAAAACGAUUGUGUUGCACAGCGAACACGUUCGAAAACACUUUCCACUGAAGAUAUACAUAAUUUUGGUUGCGGUUCAUCAAAUCGAAGCAACAGGCAUUCUUUUCCACUACUAUUGUCAAAGAGACGCACGCGUCGCAGUGGUGAUCUUAGCACUGGGAGUAGCCUAAACAAACCCAAAACUAAUAGAAGCCACUUGAGUGAAUCAGCGACAUCAUCAGUAGCUGUAGAACCGACUUCGACUUCGGCCUCGGCAACAGUAGCACAACGCAUCAGUUUUAGUAGCAGCGGCAGCAGCAGCAGCAGCGGCAAUACAAAAAGUAACUUACUAAAUUAUUUUCGCAAAACACGUAAAAUCAGUUAUAGUCGUACUGUAGAGCUCAACAAACGAGUAAUAGCUACUUUCGCAGACGACAGUGCCGAUAAUAGCAGCGAUAACAACCAACGAGAACAGCAGCAGCAGCACCACCACCACCACCAUCAUCAUCAUCGGCAGCAACAACAAGAAAAACAAAAUCGAAAGCUCAACACAACCGCAGAGGGGAAGAAUAACAAAUCAAACUCAAGGCAAAGUAAGAGUCUUCAGAGUAGCACCAAUACAGCUACAACAUCGUUGUCUGGAACACGCAAAAGUGAGUGUGGUAGUGGUGAUAAGAGACAACAACAGCCGUCUCAACAACUCAACACUCGAAAUUUCUUAUCUGUUGUAGGCAGUCGUAUCAAAUUUAAUACGAAAUCAACGCCAACAGUAACUGGUGUGUCAAUUGAGUCAACAACUACCAAUACAUCAGGGAAUACGCAUUUACACUCCCAAACAAAUUCAAUUCAAAGCCAUAGUAUAGCUGCAUCUGCUACGGCUGUUGCCAGCACUUCAGCCGGACAGUCGUUAAGUCGAACAUCAACGACCACUGGUGCUUUAUCCAGUGUUGAUAAAUAUUGUAAAUAUCGUAAGAGUUUACGCAACUAUCAUCAGUUAAUUGCGUUUUCGAACGACGUAAAUACUGCAAUCGAAAGCAACACUACCAAUACAACCGCAAGCGGCAGUUCGUCUACCGCUAACAACGCCUCCAACGCAUCGAACGCAACGAACAAAAAUUCAGUUGACGAGAGUGUUGUAAACGGUGGUGGUGUUAUUGCUGUUGGUGUUAUUGACGCCAGCGAGGAAGAGGACGAAAAUUCUGAAGAUAACGUUGAGAUUUACGAGGACGACGAGGAAGAAGACGAUAACGAGGCGGCUGACCUAGAGGACGAUUCGAUCGUAGCCGACGGUGACGUCGUUAUACGCGGCGACGGUGACGUCGACGAAGAGGACGAAGACGAAGACGAAGAAGAGGAAGACGUCGACGAGGAAGACGACGAUAUCGACGACGAGGAGGAAGACGACGACGAUAUCGUUGAAGAAGAAGAAGAAGACGAAGAACUAGCUACAGAGGAUUCUGAGGAAGCUGUUGAAGGUAACCAGACAAAAGCUCUUGGUUUUCUAGGCCUUGUGAAGAGGAGUAAUAAUAAAAGCAAUAAGCAGAAAAAUAGCAACAAUAAGAAAAAACGACGUCAGCGGCAACGCCAACGGCAAAGGCAAGUCCAAUUCCAAAUCCAGAAUAGUAACAGUAAGAAUAACCACAGUAGUAGUAACAGCAAUAGCAGCAGCGGUAGGAGCGUCGACAGAGAGCGGAAUAACAAUAAGAAGAUUGGUAUUACUGAGUCCGCAGUCACAACCACAGCUACGGCGACGGGUUACAACAGAGCCCCAAAUCUGGGGGCACGACAGACGCGCAGCAGUGGUGGCAGCAUAGAUUUUGUUGCUGGCGGUUUAACUGGCACAGCCACAAUAGCGGGUAGUGACAGAGGUGGCGCGUCCAUAUCGGGUGUAGCAGUAGCUACAACAGUUGGACAAAGGCCACAGCCACAACCACAACCACAGUCACAGCUUCAGCAACCAUUGUCACACCAUACACACUUACCAUACCCGCUAAUUGGACACUUCAACCAGCCGGCCGGUCAACAGCAAGUGACACCACAGGUUGUGCUGCCUCAUCAGUUGCCGCAGCAAUCUCAUUAUUUGCACGUGCAGCCAGCUGCCGGUGCUCAUCAUUAUUACAAUUCGCAGGCGCACUAUCAGUCGCAGUUGCAGUCGCAAAACCAUAAUUUACACCAACAUCAUCAUCAACAACAAUCGCGCCUGCAACAAUUGCAAGCGCAUCCACAACAACAACAACACGCGCAAGCGCAAAAGCAACAACAGCAACAACCCGUGCAUUUCUAUCAUGCGACAUACCCCAGCAAUAGCACACUAGCAGCAACAACAGCCACAACUGGUUUAGUUGCCGCCUCAACUUCUGCCAUAUUAAAUUUAAAUCUCAAUCACUAUCAACCAACAGGAAACGUUGCUGGCACAGUCCCCAUAGCUGCUGCACCGCUUAUAUAUCAGCAACAACAGCAGCAUCAAGUGCCGCCGCCGCCGCCACCACUACCGCAACAAUUACAGCAGCAGCAGCAGCAUCAACAAAUAGCGCAACACUCGCUGCAUACACAACUCGGUGGUCGCUAUCAUCAUUCAAAUCCUCAUUUACAUCAGCAGCAGCAGCAGCCACCGCCUGUUUCAGCGUUACCGUUGCCCUUGGCACAUAUUCAAGCGCAGCCUUUACAUCGCAUUCCACAUCCAACGCCACCGCUUACAGCAACAGGAUCUAUACAUCCUCACCAAAUACACCCGGCGACAAUUGACAUUGGGAUAGGCGCCAGCUUGGUUGUUGAUCGUUCAUCUGCUGUCACACCAUCUUUCACACCACAUUUGAACCCACAAAUACCGCAGCAACACAGUUACGGGCACGGGCGUCCAGCAGUCGCUGCAGGAGUGGGAGGCUCCAGCUCAUCGACAGUAACUUUAGCCUCGGGCGCGAUACCGUCACAACAUUCUUUACAUUCGCUAAGGCGAAGUUCACGAAGCAAAACGGGUUCUUGCGUCAGCUCAGCAGCGCAAAACGGCAGUGGCAGCGGGAGUGGAAGCACCAGUGGCAGUGGUGGCGGUAGCUGCGGUCAGGGCGUACAAAACGCUGCAGUCGUAUCAGCACCAACGCUAUUAGCAUCAACGAGCGGUGGGAAUAACAGCGGCGGAGGUAUCGGCGGUAGUACCCCGUUAACAGCCGCCGCUGCUAUCGGACCCCACCAUCAAUAUCAUAUCCACCACCCGCAACAUCCACACGCCCCCGCGCAUGCUACUCAUCACCACCAUCAUCAUCAAACGCUACCGCCACCGCAACUGCAACAACAACAGCAUCAUCAUAUGCUGCAUCAUUCGGUAGCCGCGCCUGGUGGCGCUGUUGUUGUUGCCAUCGCUACAUCACAACAAACACAAACCACCCCUACGCUGAUGUAUCAACAUCAGCAACAACAACAACAAGUCCAUCAUCGCACCACUAUUGUACAGCCUGGUUUCCUCUAUAAUUAUCGCGCCACUGCUGCCAAUGCGCAUUUGAAUGCGAUGCCGUCGAGCCAUCUCGUUGGUGCGUCGUCUGCAAGCGCUGCCGCCAUCGUCAACGCUAAUACCAAUACUACCACCGCUGCUGCCAACACCGCCACCGCUAGCGUCGCCACUGUCGCAACGAAUAGUAGCCACAUAAAUAUGAAUACGCAUAAUAAAGCGAGCGCUUCUGCGGAUGCGUUAAGUUAUAAUUUAAUGGCACAACAACCGCCGAUCGGACCGCCGAAUACUGGUGGACAAUCGACCACAGCAAACCUCAGCGUCUCUACCGCCUUGGGCGCCGCCAACACAAAUCUAGCAAAUAACGCAAGCGCGGCAGUUGGUGCGGGUGCCGGUGUGGGCACCGCUUCCUCUAUCGCGACGGCCACAAACACCGGAACGGGCGCCACUACCGCCGCCACUUCGCACGCCGAUUCGGAGAGCGAUGACAGCGAAGUGGGGCGUCUGCAGGCGUUAUUGGAGGCGCGUGGUCUACCGCCGCAUCUUUUCGGCGCUUUGGGGCCACGCAUGACGCACAUUCUGCAUCGCACCAUUGGCAAUAGCAGCUCGUCGAAGGCACAACAACUGCUGCAAGGAUUGCAAUCACACGAUGAGAGCCAACAACUACAGGCUGCCAUCGAGAUGUGCCAAAUGUUGGUAAUGGGCAAUGAAGACACGCUAGCUGGUUUUCCAAUUAAACAAGUGGUACCGGCGCUUAUAACGCUGCUGCGUAUGGAAAAUAAUUUCGAUAUUAUGAACAAUGCAUGUCGUGCUCUCGCCUACAUGUUGGAAGCUCUGCCGCGCUCGUCGGGCACUGUGGUAGAAGCGGUCCCGGUAUUCCUCGAAAAACUGGAAGCUAUUCAAUGUAUGGAUGUUGCGGAGCAGAGUUUGACAGCGCUUGAAAUUUUAUCGCGUCGCCACAAUAAAGCAAUUCUGCAAGCCAAUGGUGUUUCAGCAUGUCUGACUUUUCUCGAUUUCUUCUCGAUCAAUGCACAGCGUGCGGCUCUUGCAAUAACGGCGAACUGUUGCUUAAACCUGCACCCAGAGGAGUUUCAUUUCGCUGCGGAGAGUCUGUCACUAUUGGCUCGUUUGCUGUCACAGCAGGACAAGAAGUGCGUGGAGAGUGUUUGCUCGGCAUUUUGCCGUUUGGUAGAAAGUUUCCAGCAUGAUCCGAAGCGUCUGCAAGAGAUUGCUAGCAAAGAGUUGCUAAAAAAUUGCCAGCAAUUGUUGGUUGUUACGCCGACCAUACUCAACAGUGGCACGUUUACAUCCGUCGUACGCAUGCUGAGUCUGAUGUGCGGCAACUGCCCUGACCUGGCCAUUUCGUUGCUGAAGAACGAUAUUGCAUCUACACUGCUUUACUUGCUUACCGGCAAUGCAGAGCCCAACACAUCGACCACAUCGCAUGUAGAGCUUAUCACACGCUCACCAUCUGAGCUGUACGAGAUUACUUGCCUGAUAGGUGAAUUAAUGCCACGGCUACCGACAGAUGGUAUUUUCACUGUGGACGCACUGUUGGAUCGUCCAACACUCAACACUCAGGACCAAGUACAAUGGCAGUGGCGUGACGAUCGCGGCACUUGGCACAACUAUUCGACCAUUGAUUCGCGAAUGAUUGAAGCAGCACACCUAAAUUCCGAUGAUGAGUUCAGUUUGAGUACACUGGGUCGCACAUACACAGUCGAUUUUCAUUCAAUGCAGCAGAUAAACGAGGACACUGGCACUACGCGCCCAGUGCAGCGUAAGAUAAAUCCAAAUUACGUGCCUCCGCCACCACCACCGACUGCAUCUGCAGCAUCAACUGGCCAGGAUUUGUCGGCAUCUGCGGUGGCCACAGCAAUUACAGCUCUAACUAGUACAGUAGCGAAUACAUCGGCAAGUACAUCAGCGCAAUCUAGUACACCUAGUACUACGCCCAAUACGCCAGCAACAAAUAGCGCUCAGCAGCGCCGUCGAGCCUCGGUGGAUGCACGUAUUGCUUGUCUUAAAGAGGAACGCGGUUUGGCAGCAGAGUUCAUCAAGAACCUCUUCAAUGUACUGUACGAAGUUUAUAGCUCAUCUGCUGGACCAAAUGUUCGCUAUAAAUGCUUGCGUGCACUUUUAAGGAUGGUGUACUAUGCCACACCCGAAUUGCUGAGAGAUGUGCUUAAAAAUCAGUUGGUCUCCAGUCACAUUGCUGGCAUGAUGGGCAGCAACGAUUUACGCAUUGUAGUCGGUGCAUUGCAAAUGGCCGAGAUUUUAAUGCAAAAACUGCCAGACGUGUUUGGCACACAUUUCCGACGCGAGGGUGUAAUUUAUCAAAUAACACAGCUCACUGAUCCCAGCAAUCCUAUAUGUGCCAAUCCCUCACCGAAAGCUCUACCAGGAGCUAGUGGUUCGCAGAGUGCACCGCCAUCCGCAUCAGGCUUGCAAGUGAAUCCAUUCUUCAUGGACAAUGCGCCGUUAGCAGGCUGUUCAACUGCAGUCAACUCUACGCCCAAUACAUCAAAGCCAGGUGCAAGUCAAGGCAAUCAUCACCAAUACACAGUUAAGAGCUUUUCACACGCAAUGAAUGCUUUAACUGCCAAUGCGCAGGGUAGUGGCAAUGGCCAAAAAGUGACCUUGGCUAUGCCGCCAAGCACUGGUCCACUGCUAAUGCCACAAUUGCCUGCUGGAAGUGUGCAGCCACGUCAGCAAUCUGCUGGUUCACUUGCCCUUACUAUUAACUCCAGCGCUGGAAUCACUCCACCGGUCACAGUGAUUGGUGCUGCAGGCACAACCGCCGAAUUGCAAUAUCACUACAGCAGUUCUGCACCGCCUGCUGCAGGACCACCCACGCACACGCAUCUUGCACAGGCACCCAAUUUUUUUGUUUACUCUACUAGCGCAGCGGCGCCACCAUUACCCCCCGGCGAUCCACGGCAAUACGUGCAUGGUCACUUUCAUCAUCCGCCACCGCACUUCCAACCUCAUGCACCACCACCGUCAACACACCAUGUUGAAUUACUGCCGUCAUCGUCUAAUGCAGCCAUUAGUGUCAAUUCACCAACUGUGAUGGCACAUCCGCCACCUCAGCAGCAUUUGUCACAAGUGGUGUUCGCGCCAACGCCAAGCGUUUGCGAUCCGCACUAUCACGGUAGCAGUGGUAAUAGUGGUGUGGCUGUCACAAGCACAGGCUCAUCCACACCUUCAUCUUCGUCCGCGUCAGCGUUGCAGCACAAAAUGUCCGAUAUGUUGAAACGAAAGGUCCCACCGAAACGAAAAUCACAAUCGAGCAGUCGCUCGAAAUCACGUCAGGAUGAAAGCGGUUCCUCCACGUCUUCGAUGCAUGAUCUGCUCAGUCGUGCUACAAGUCUUGGCAGUAGCACUGGUCGCAGUACACCCAGCGCAAGCAGCGGCAAAUCACGCUUCAGUAGCGGCGGAACUGCCAAUAGCGCGGGAACUAGUAGUAAUGGAAGUAGUUCGACGAAAACUUCAUUCCUCGCAUCGCUGAAUCCCGCACGUUGGGGACGUCAAGGAUCUCACCACAGUUCAUUUACCAAAGAUGCGGGCAGCUCAAAUCAUGCCGGCAGUGGGAGCAACACCAGCGGCAGCGCCGUGAGCGCGGCGCACGCUGCAAGCCACAGUGCGAACAGUGCAGCAAAUAGUAUCAGCAAAAGUAUAUCCAAUGCGAAUCUUAUUGCUGCAGGCAAUCGUGAGAAGGCACGUCAAUGGGUGCGGGAACAAGCCAUUUCAUUUGUGAAACGUUAUGCCGAACAAGAAAGCGCUAAGGCUGAAGGGGGUGCCAGUGGCAGUAGUUCAGCUGGCACCAUUAGCGGAGGCACCAAUGUGCUGCACCGUUUAUCCACCAUUAUCUUUAAGCUAAGUGGAAGCUUCCAAGAUUGCUUAGAUGCGUUGCUUGAACUGAAAACUAUUUUACUGGAAAGUGAUAUAUCACCAUUUGAGGUGAAUCAUUCAGGUUUGAUUAAGGCAAUGCUGAAUUUCAUGACAUGUGAAGAUGGCAUCGUGGACCGAGAUGGACGCCUGCGAGCGUUUAUGCAUGUGUUUGCGGGUUUACCAUUAGAACCAUUAAAGAAGGUUGGGCAAAUGCCAAACAUAGAUGCUGUAGCAUUCAACGCAUUCGUUGCGAAGUUAAAUGGUUGCGUCACUCAAUUGGAACAAUUCCCUGUAAAGGUGCACGACUUUCCCUCUGGGCCAGGCGGACGUUCUAACACGAGUGCGCUUAAAUUCUUUAAUACACACCAACUAAAGUGCAACUUGCAACGUCACCCCGACUGCACUAAUCUCAGACAAUGGAAAGGUGGCACCGUCAAGAUCGAUCCUCUUGCCAUGGUACAAGCGAUCGAGCGCUAUUUGGUUGUACGUGGCUACGGUGGUAUACGCGGAGACUCAGAUGAUGACUCAGAGGAGGAUAUGGAUGAUAACGUGGCCGCUGUUGUGAUGUCACAAAGUGGCUUUAAGCACAAAUUACAGUUCAUGAUCGGUGAUCACGCCUUGCCCUACAACAUGACUGUUUACCAGGCAGUUAAACAGUUCUCGCCUUUGGUCAAUGAUCAGUCGGAAACUGACACCGAUACCGAAACGCCUUUGGGCAAUGCCAGUGUUUGGGUACAACAACACACAAUUUACUACCGACCUGUAGAGGAUGAGGCGAACAGCAGCAGUGUCAGUGCGACAACCAGUUCUACAACUAGCCUAAGUAUUGGCAAACAUGGCGGUGUAUCAGGGGCGUCAUCUUCAACUGCCGCUGGCGCUUCUGGCUCGGGACUGCAUGCACCUAUAUGUGGCACUUCAUCGUCGGCCACGCCCUCUUCUGCAAAGAAAAGCAGUAAAUUAUCGUCCAAGUUGUUGCGCAAGAAGACCGAAUUGUGGCAUGAAGGCAUAGCGCCCAGUACAGUAUCGGUGCUGAAAGCAUUCCUUACUAGCACACUACCGCUCGAUGUGGUAACAGUGCAAGACGCUUCUUUAGAUGCGCUCUGUAUGCUACGUAUCAUAAAUGCGCUAAAUCGUCAUUGGGAACAGCUAUACGGAUGCGUACACCGACAGCAUAUCAUACCGCAAUCGGAGUUUGUGCAUCCCAAAAUCACAGCUAAAGCCAAUCGUCAACUGCAAGAUCCACUUGUUAUAAUGACUGGCAAUUUGCCACCGUGGUUGCCACAAAUUGGUAUGGCAUGCGCGUUCCUCUUCCCCUUCGAAACACGUCAUCUGCUCUUCUAUGCGACAAGUUUUGACCGCGAUCGUGCUUUGCAACGGCUUUUGGAUACGACGCCCGAUUUAAAUGCGGCUGAAUCGUCGGAGCGUGUGGCACCACGUUUGGAUAGACGGAAACGUGCUAUAUCACGUGAGGAUAUACUAAAACAGGCGGAGCAUAUUAUUCAAGAUGUCGGCCAUUCGAAAGCACUACUGGAAAUUCAAUAUGAGAACGAGGUUGGUACUGGACUUGGUCCAACAUUGGAGUUUUAUGCUUUGGUGUCAGCUGAGUUGCAGCGUUGUGAUCUGGGACUUUGGAAUGGCAGUGAUAGUUAUAAGCAAAAUUCCUCAACCAUAGCUGAUGUAGUGAAAUCAAGCAGCAGCGUCCACAUCGAUGAGGUUAAUGAAGUUACGACAGCGCGGCAAGAUGACGCUGUUGCUGUGACAGUGGCAACAAAUACAAUUGUGCAUGCGAAUAGCACAACGACUGCAAGUACUACCACCGUUACGCGGUCAAGUACUAGAGCUCAUCGUAGUGGGGAUGGUCAACAUGCUAAUAAUAGCGCUGUCAGCAUCGGCGGUAGCAGCAGUGGCAGUGGCAUGGGUGUGUCUACUCGCAGUCACCACCAACAUUUGCAGCAACAACAACAACAACAAUACCAACAGUCAAUGGAUCAUGUUGUUGGCACCUCAACAUCAAACGAGAAUGCUUUGAAUAUGAUAAUUGAGCAACAAAUUGGCGGGGAUGAAUUGGAACAUCAAACGCAACAGUCACAACAGCAACAUCUAGGGCCCUCCGACGCUGGCGAUAGCUCACCGCCUGAAAUCGGUGAUAGUGUCUCAUCUGCUGCCACAAUAACGACAAGCACAUCGGUGUCCUAUGUAAAUUCGCCACAUGGACUUUUCCCAAUGCCGUUGGGCAAAUCAUCGAAGCUGCCACAUGUAUCAAAAUCCAAGGCGAAAUUCAAAUUCCUCGGCAAAUUUAUGGGUAAAGCUGUAAUGGACAGUCGAAUGCUGGAUUUACCGUUCUCAAUACCGUUCUAUCGUUGGCUAUUGAAUGAGGAGCACUCAGUAGGUCUAGCUGAUUUAUCACGUGUUGCGCCCGAAGUACAAAGCACGUUAGUACGGCUGCAGGACGUAGUACAUGAACGCGAAGUCAUACUAACCGAUACCAAUCUCGAUGCAAUGGAAAAGACUGAAAAGAUUGAAUCAUUGGACUUGGAUGGCUGUCCUAUAGCCGAUUUGGGCCUAGACUUUGUUUUACCCGGCUAUGCAAACAUUGAACUGUGUCGGGGUGGUCGUGAUACACCAGUUACAAUACAUAAUCUACACCAGUAUAUCUCAUUAGUGACAUAUUGGUUCCUCGUCGAAGGCGUGCAGAAACAAUUUGAGGCAUUGCGCGAAGGUUUCGACUCAGUGUUUUCCACACAACGUCUGCGCAUGUUCUAUCCUGAAGAGUUGGAGAAUGUCUUUUGCGGUUCUGGUGCUAGCAACUAUCAACGUUGGGAUAUCAAAAUGCUACAAGAUUGUUGCCGCACUGAUCACGGGUUUACACAAGAUUCACAAGCUAUACAAUAUCUAUACGAUAUACUCUCAUCGUAUAACCGCGACGAGCAACGACUGUUUUUGCAAUUUGUCACCGGCUCGCCGCGCCUACCAACGGGCGGCUUUAAAUCUCUAACACCACCGCUAACAAUUGUGCGUAAAACACUAGACGGUAAUCAAAAUCCAAACGAUUAUUUGCCAUCGGUGAUGACAUGUGUGAACUAUUUAAAAUUACCCGAUUAUUCAAGUCGAGAAGUGAUGCGACAGAAACUCAAAGUCGCCGCAAAUGAGGGUAGUAUGUCAUUCCAUUUAUCGUAAGUACAGGAAUGUAUCGAAAAUGAAAAUUGUGAAAAUCAGUUCGAAUGGCAGGGUGAUAUCGUUAAACUUUAGUUUAAUAUAAAUGAAACUGGAAGAAACUGGAAAACUAUGUAGAAUUAUUAUUCAGCAAGCAAAGGAAAUAUUUUAAAGGCAAAAACCGUUAUAUGUAUAGUAAAAAAAUACACAUUCACAUCUACACACACUCACACACAUUUAAAACAUAUUCUUAAUUACUGUAUUUAAUAUGAAAUUAAUUUAACGGAAAAAGAAUAAAUAAAAUAUUAAUUGAGCAAAAAAGAAAGCUUGCAAGCAUAAUUUGCGCUACAAAGUUAUAGAAUUAAAACAGCGAGUAACGCACAAGUAUAAUCGCCCGACAUAAAUAUAUAUACUGCAUAGAUAUUACGAGGUAAGAUAUUGUGAUGUUAUAGGUUUUCGAAAAUUGUAGGCGCUCGUAAACUGCGUAUGUAUAUGGGCAAAACUUUUGAAUGAAAGUUUGAAUAAAGAGAAGGAAACUCAAGUGCAGCCUACUAGAGAAUUAGGCAGUAAUUGUGCUUAUCACCGUUGUAAAUUCGUAGCACUUCCAUGUGCAUUGCAAAUACAUAUAAAUUAACAUUUUUAUUAAUAUUGUGAUGAAAACAUUUUUUAUGCAGAAAAAAAACAGGAAAUGUAAGAAGUAUAUAAAAAAUAAAUUAAAAUCAAUUAAAAUGUGACAGCAACAUUUUGAAGCAAAUUAAUAUGGAGAGUAAAGGAUGUGUUCGUCGCUCUCAAUAAUUACAGCAAUAUUGCGACCUUGUUACUUUUUCUGUUGUCUGUUCCUGAUACUCGACUCAAUAGCCGUCGGAAGAUUGCAGAAGUUAUUUCGCGUCGAACGUGUUGCUUAAAAAUAUCGAAAUAUGCGUCAAAAACUUCGUUUUAUUCGGAAUAAAUUUUGCGCUAAAAUAAUAAUAAAUAAACAAUAUCGUACUUCGAGGUAGUAUUUAUUAAAUAAAACUAAAUUUUCCUCAUUAGUUUCAAUUCCGCAGUGCAAACUUUCAUAUUGCACUUGACCAGUUGGUGAUGACCAUCAAAUUGUCAACAUUUUACUGACGCAACGCGUAAUGCUAGCAUCUCAUAAAAAGUGACACGGCCGCAAUUGUUACAGCUCGUCGAACACACCCAAAGUUAGAAAUAGAAGAGAGGAACAGAGUAAUAAAAGAAAACGAAAAUUUCAUAGAUAAUCAAACUUUUUAAUAAUUAAAUUAUACAAUUCAUGUUUUUUUUUGUUGAAAAUAAUGAAGAUGUGAAUAUGUUGUUAUUAUGGCGAAGUGCUUUACUUUUGUUUAAAACGCAUCUAGGUAGUUAUGUUUACUAUUUUAUGAUUAGUUAAUUAAUUUCUUUUUACUAAGUUUUAUGUCAUGUAGCCGUUUUGUUAAUACAUAUAUUCUUGUGCAACUCUCUUCAGGUACGUGCAUGUACAUGCUUACAAGUAGUGGUAGUCUGACACACAUAUACUUAUACUUACAUAUACAAGAGCAAAACGAAAAAUCUUGCAACUGUUGCAAGCACGCGAUUCUAGGCUUUGUAAUGUCUGCCAGUAAUGCUUAAAUAAAAAAAUAUACCUAUAUAAUCUUAAUAGCUGAAUAAAGAAGUCAGCAUAAUUCUAAGCCCACUUGCUUAUUCUAAAAGCAGUUACCAGAAUAUGUACUACUAGCAUAGAGUAGAGAAACUCCAAUUUGCUUAGUUUACAUCCCUAUACAAUUAUAUAUAUAAUUGUAUGUGUGGAUAAUAUCUAUCUGCUCUUACUUCCACCAACCAGCAACAAAAUUCUUUAGAAGAAUACAGAUUUUUUCAAUGUUCAAUUUGUUAAGCAUAACUCAAAGCAAAGUGAAAUUAUUAAUAAGUGGGGAGGAGGGAGAGUUGUUAUUCGGUAAAGGAACAUAUGCAUAGUUAUACAAAAAAUAUACAAACAUACAUAGUCGUAUAGCAUACAUACAAAAAAUUUAAUAGGUUAGGCUAAGCGAAUACAAGGAUUUUGUGCAACGUUUCAAAGAUCCAUGCUCAAAGUGUACUGUAAACAGCUAAAACGCGCAUAAACCAGAUUGCCGGCUUGAUGAAUAGUGCAGAUUUGUUAGUUUAGCACAAAUCAAUUGGAAAAAUCACAAAUUAAUUGCUGUCACUUUAAUUCCCCACCUGCGCCAUAUUAGCCGUGACGCCAAAUUUUCCCUCCCCCUUGCAAAAAUCCCGUACAAUUGAAGUUGGUGUUAACAUUCUUUUAGAUUUUUAUUUAUCUUUUUUUAUCUUAUCGUAUCAUAGGCUUU